ACACCAACUCUCACAGCCCUUUCUGUCUUUAUUGCCUGAAAUUUUUUCUUGAUCGAACGCUGAAAGGUAUUUUUCGUUUUGAUUUGCAAAUCUAUCGACAUAUUCGCUUCCUUUUUAUUCAAAAACAAAAACUACUAUAUUUGAUUGUUGAAAUUAGGCACAAUGAGCAGGGAAGACAGAGAGCACAAUCCUCAAUACAAUCAUGGCACUGAAGAAGGAAAGGUUUCCAGAAUCAAUCGCGUUAAGAAGAAGCCUCGCAGAUCAUCUUCGCAUAAGAGGAGUCUCCAGAAAGUAAUAAGGGAGACUUUGAAGCGGUUUAAAGAUGAGAUGGCGGAGGUGAGAGCUGAGAUGGCGGAUGUGAGAGCUGAGAAUAAUUCCGUGAAAGAGCACCACGAGAUGAUACUGACGGGGCUUGAUGAUCACAAAUCUGAUAACGCACAUAUGAGGGAGGUCCAUAAGCAUGUGAUCACGCACAACAACCGCACCCUCGAGUCGCUUAAUCUUCUUGCUAGGAUCCUUACUGGUUCGGGAACUGUACCAUAGCAGGGACCAAGUCUCUUGUGCUUCGCAGGAAGAGCAACACAACAGAUACACCACACCUACACAUCCUGUGACCACCUUCAUAUCAUUGUGCUUUUAUAGCGUUUCUCAGUCUGUAUAUUAUUACGUACCUGUUCUAAAUUCUAUUGCAUCCCUGCUUUAUUAAUACGCCUAAACAUCAUAUUACAUUCGUAAUACCAUUGUACUUUUAUGAUGUAAUGAUGGUUCUGACCAUCCUACAGUGAAUUUUAAUCUUUCUAUAUCUACUUCAAUUUGAGAUUCG